GGCUCGGCCCAUUAGGCGUAGAAUCAUAACUCGCAGUGAAAUUAUCGAAAUAUUUACCACACAAGACGACUUUUUACCUUCCAUGUCUGGAAAUUAAUCGCACAGGAUAAAAAAUACAGGAUCGCGAUGAAGGGUAAUUCCGUCAUAAAUAUUGUUAACCCACCAACAGAAUUGCCACCGCCCGGCGCUUAUUGAAGCCAGAAGUCAGCGGCUUCCAUUAAUGGAGGACGAAAAUAUACAGCUAGCAAAUAGAACCCUAAACCAAGAACGUAUCAAGCUCAACGUCGGCGGUAAGCUCUUCGAGACCACCGUCUCCACCACACGUUCUGGCGGCCCGGAGUCUCUAUUGUAUGCUCUAUCCAACCGGCCGAGAGACGAUCGGAAUCCGAUUUUCAUAGAUCGCGAUCCAGAGAUCUUCUCGGUCCUCCUUUCUCUUCUCCGAACCAACCGCUUGCCUUCAUCGGCUCGCCGAUUUUCCAAACAGGAACUCUUCGAUGAAGCUAUCUUCUACGGCAUCGAGGCGAAUCUCAAAUCAGCGAUUUCUCCUCCGUCGUUUGACGGCAUCGAUGCGUCAAUCGUCGCGAAUAUUCGCCCUACUUCCGACGGUGUUGUAUCAGCUUUUACGGCGGGCGAUGGGGACGGCUCCAUCUGGCUUGCUCACGGUGGUCAGAUCUCUUGUUACGAUCGGAAUUUAAUCCACGACAGAACGAUUCGAACUCACUUGGAGGAAAUCACGUCAAUCCGCCGCGUUUGGCCGGAGAUUGCAGCGUUAGGUUCAGACGCCAUUUCCGGUCUUCAUUAUUACAAUUUCUCCAGCGGCCGACACAUCGGUUCGACUAACUGGUCAGAUCCAAAGGAUCCCCGCAUCUACAAAGCCAGAGUCACCGCAAUCGCCGAUUCGCCGACUAAUAUUUUCGCCGCCUUCGAAUGCGCUCACAGAGAGAAUUCCGUACUCGUCAUCGACCAAACGACUCUCCAAAUCACAUCUGAACUCGGCCGACAACUCGGAUCCUCCGCCAAGAGCACCGUCGCCGGAAAGCUUACGUGGAUACCGGAAACCAGCGUACUCUUCGGAAGCUCGGUAACGUGUGGUGCGUUUGGGUACUCGGGCUACGUCAGGCUCUGGGACUCUAGGUCAGGCGACGUGGUUUGGGAGACGAACGAGCCAGGCUCGGGCCGAAGCAGUAGGUUCGGAGACUCGUUCGCUGACGUGGAUGUCGACGUGGAAUCGAUGAAACUGUUCAAAAUAUGCUCGAAAUCGGGGGAUUUGGGAGUGGCAGAUAUUCGUAAAUUAGGGGACGACCCGUGGGUAUAUUUGAAAGACAAGAAUCCGGGAAUGGGAAACACGGGCAGAAGGGGGAGUGGAAAUAUCAAAAUUCACUGCUUCAGAAAACAGGUUUUGGUGGGGAGAGAAGGAGAGCUGGAGGUUUGGUCGAGAGUGGAAGAAAGAGAAAACGGAGUGGAAGAAUCAAAAGAUAUCGGCGAGGAUUUUUACCGUCGAAACUACGUCGACAAGGCGGAGGAUUCCGAGAGGGGGAUUAUAAAGGAAAUUGAAGGCGGCGGCGACAGGCUGUUUGUUUCUCGGGAAAAUGUUGAAGGCAUUGAGGUUUGGGAAACCUCCAAAUCAUCCGGCGCCGUUUCGAUUUUGUGACCCAAAAACCGGUUCGCCCUUCGCAACCGUUCUCAUCAGUAUUGGGCCUCAAUUGGGCCAUUGUUCGAUCAUUUUUUAUGGGCCUAGCAC